AACACCCUCUGUCCUCCUUUCUUCCAGACAAUCAUGGAGCAGUUCAACCCCAGCCUCAGGAACUUCAUUUCUAUGGGGAAGACCUAUGAAAAAGCCUUAGCAAGUAUGACAUAUGCAGCAAAAGGAUACUUCGAUGCUCUGGUGAAGAUGGGGGAGUUGGCCAGUGAGAGCCAAGGAUCCAAGGAGCUGGGAGACGUGCUCUUCCAGAUGGCUGAAGUCCACAGGCAGAUCCAGAACCAGUUGGAGGAAAUGCUGAAGUCCUUCCACAACGAGCUGCUGACACAGCUGGAGCAGAAGGUGGAGCUGGACUCACGCUACCUGAGCGCUGCACUGAAGAAAUACCAAACAGAGCAAAGGAACAAGGGCGACUCACUCGACAAGUGCCAGGCUGAGCUGAAGAAGCUGCGGAAGAAGAGCCAAGGAAGCAAAAACCCCCAGAAGUACUCAGACAAGGAGCUGCAGGUAGGAGCAGGGCGGGGGGAGGGCAGCACCCCUGUGCCCAUCACCCUCCCAGCUGUGUGCUGGGGCUGUAGGAGCAGCCAGGGAGGCACUGGGAUGACGUGGGGAUGUGGCCAUGCCCAAGCUGAGCUUGUGCUGGUGCCGUGCAGGAGGUGUGCUGGUGACUAACCCUGCUAGAUCCAC